AUGAUGGAGCUCAUGACUGCUACCCCUUUCUACGCCAUGAACACAUCAGACAUCACUGGAAGAAACAACUCCUUGUACGAAGACGACGAAGAGUAUGACUACAAGGACGAGCACGCUGAGUUGAGACAGUCCCUCAACAUCAUGUCUCUCAUUGUUUACUGCCUGGCCUUUGUUCUCGGUGUGUUCGGGAAUGGAGUGGUUAUCUGGGUGACCGGGUUCAAGAUGAAGAAAACCGUUAACACCAUUUGGUUCCUCAAUCUUGCUGUGGCCGACUUCCUCUUCACGGCGUUCCUGCCCCUGAGCGUGACGUACACGGCCAUGGAUUUCCACUGGCCUUUUGGCAACUUUAUGUGCAAGGUGAACAGCACUGUGAGCUUUCUGAACAUGUUCGCCAGCGUCUACAUCCUGGUGGUGAUCAGUGUGGACAGAUGUGUGUCUGUGGUGUGGCCCGUCUGGGCCCAGAACCACCGAAGUGUACGCAAGGCUUCCUGUGUGAGUCUGGGUGUUUGGAUACUGGCUCUGAUUCUCAGCGCUCCAUACUUCAUCUUCAAGGACACUGGGCCAUCCUAUCACAAUGAAGACAUCAUCAACUGCUUCAACAACUUUGCCCUUUCUGACGACUAUGAAACACCAUCAGUAAAUGAGCUGCGACAGUUUCGACAUCAGACCAUGACCAUCACCCGCUUCCUCCUGGGAUUCGUCGUCCCCUUCACCGUCAUUGUCUCCUGCUAUGCCGUCAUCAUCCAUCGUCUCAGGAGGAACCGCACCUUGGCCAGCCAAUCGAGUCGCCCCUUCAAGAUCAUCGCUGCCGUCAUCGCCACUUUCUUCUUGUGCUGGGCACCGUAUCACAUCAUGGCUCUAAUCGAGAUGGUUAAUCACACAGCGAUCCACUCGAGUGAAACAUUGGACCACGUCAUCACUAUCGGUGUCCCCAUAGCAACCAGCCUGGCCUUUCUCAACAGCUGCUUGAACCCACUGCUGUAUGUGUUCAUGGGCCAAGAUUUCAAGGAAAAGGUCCGCAAGUCCAUCCUGAACGUGUUGGAGACGGCCUUCCAGGAGGAAGUGUCUCGCUCAUAUACAUACACAAACUCAAUGGUCACCAGUCGGAGUAAAGAGAAGUCCGUGUCUGAUGCUGAGGUGUAA